AUGCCCAUCCCGAAGCAAAUCAUUGAACAGGUCAAGCAGCUCAUCCCGCCUCUGAACGGCUCCCUUCACAAGGGCCAGUCAGGCCGCGUAGGUGUACUCGGAGGUGCUCUGGACUACACCGGCGCGCCGUUCUUUGCAUCCAUGUCCGCAUUACGCAUCGGCGCCGACCUCUCUCACGUCAUCUGCUCACCCACCGCGGCCGGCGCGAUAAAGUCCUACUCUCCCGACCUGAUCGUCCAUCCGAUCCUCCGCGAGGACCAGACGCCCGAGGCCCUACGACCCACCCUCUCCUCCCUGCUCGAGCGCCUCCACGUCUUGAUCAUUGGCCCCGGUCUGGGGCGCGAAGACUAUAUGCAGACGUUCGCGAAGCUCGCACUGAACAUCGCCAAGGAGCAGGACAUGUACAUCGUCCUCGACGCGGACGCGCUGUGGAUGGUCGGCCACGACCUCGCCCUCAUUCGGGGCUACCGCAAAGCCGUCCUCACGCCCAACGUGAUGGAGUUCAAGCGGCUGAGCGAGAGUGUCAAAGUCGACCCCUCUGUGCCUGCCGACGAGCGCGCCAUGCGCAUCUCACGGGCUCUCGGUGGCAUCACGAUUCUCGAGAAGGGCAAGGCAGAUAUCAUCGCGACAGACACGGGCAGCUCGCUCCAUGGGCAGGAGUCGACAGAAGAGCAGUUGAGCGUGGACGUCCCCGGGGGGCUGAAGCGGUGCGGUGGCCAAGGCGAUAUCCUGAGCGGCAACGUCGGUGCUCUGCUCGCGUGGGGUAAAUGCUAUGAGACGGGGGCCUUUGGGGACAAGACGUUGUCGAUCUCGCGUAUCCCGCUGCUUGCGGCGGUCGGCGGCUCGAUGGUCACCCGCACUGCGUCCCGACGCGCCUUUGACAAGCAGGGAAGAGGUGUUGUCACGCAAGAUAUGCUCGCCGAGAUCGGUAGUGCCUUCGCGGAGACAUUCGGCAGCGCGGGGGAGAAGGGCUGGGGAUCGUCCGGCGACGCCGGGAAGCUGUAA